AACUACGAACGUCAUAGAGAAAACUUCCCAGAAGAAGAGAACUGCUAAAUUGCUUCUACUUCUUCUUCUAUUGUGAAAAUGGGUUCUUUUUUCUCUAAACAAGUGCAAAGAAGAAAAUCAAUUCAUACUCAGAAAAAACUUUUGUAUGAUCUCAAGGAAAAAAAUAACACCGAUUUUCCUGGUUCUGAUUAUCACUCAGAUGAUCGAAAAAAUUGGAUGUCAACACUCGUCCUAGAGAAACUCAACAUAAACAAGAUAAUUUGGCCCGGUACCCAUGAUUCAGCAACUAACAAAAUUGGGAUCCCAUUUAUUUCUCGCCCGUUCGCCCGAACCCAAUCUCUGUCCAUUUACAAACAGUUGGUAAUGGGCACCCGAGUUCUUGACAUUAGAGUUCAAGAAGAUAGUCGUGUCUGUCAUGGCAUCCUAGUUUCUUACCAUGUUGACGUUGUGAUCAACGAUGUGAAGAAAUUCCUGUCGGAGACUCAAUCGGAGAUUAUAAUUCUGGAGAUCCGAACAGAGUUUGGACACGAUGAUCCACCGGAAUUCGACAAGUACUUAGAGGAUCAAUUGGGGGAAUUUCUUAUUCACCAAGACGACUCUGUUUUUAACAAGACAGUAGCAGAGUUAUUGCCAAAAAGAGUAGUAUGUGUUUGGAAACCAAGAAAAUCACCUCAGCCAAAACAUGGAAGUUCAUUAUGGAACGCUGGGUAUUUAAAGGACAAUUGGAUUGACACUGAUUUGCCUGAAACAAAAUUCGAGAGCAAUUUGAAAUAUUUGAGUGAGCAGCCAUCGGUGACAUCCCGGAAAUAUUUUUACAGAGUGGAGAAUACGGUGACGCCUCAGGCUGAUAAUCCGGUGUUGUGUGUGAAACCGGUGACAAAUCGGAUUCGUCCACAUGCAAGGUUGUUUAUAAAUGAGAGUAUUUCUAGAGGUUAUGGUGAUCGGUUACAAAUAUAUUCAACUGAUUUUAUUGAUGAGGAUUUUGUGGAUGCUUGUAUUGGACUUACAAAUGCAAGGAUUGAAGGCAAGCUUUGAACUUUGAGUACAAGGUGAAGAUUUGUCAUGCUUUCCUUCAACAAAUCGUACG